AUAUAAAGCUAUCCCUCUUUAUUAUAAUGUCACCUACCUCCACGCCUACGUCAGUUCGUGUCUGCGCUGUGCGAGACGAUAUGACGUCUGCCAGUAAUAAAAUAUCAUUUUACCUUUCGCUGGAGCAGUGGGAACGAUAUAAAACUUUCAAGCAUUCCUGAUAAAGGCCAUUCUCUCUGUUUAGAUUACAGAAAUCAAGAGCGUACAAUCAUAUGAAUAGAACGAUAAGAAUGCAUAAUUUGAACGUGUGUAACUUAUGGGUUUCUUCCAGUAAUGGAUAUAUUAUCAAAUCAUUUUUAGAAUGUUAGUUCAUCAACAAAUUCAACUGCCUCUGGAUGUACUGUCGUUGACUGUGUUAACAGCUCAAGGCUAUAAUAAUAGCAAUGGUUCCAUCAUACUGAUAAUACUGCCACUUAACAGUUUGGAAAUAGAGCCUACCUAACUCAGUUUUAUUUUUACUAGCAGGAAGAAAGAAUUGAUGAGAUGGUAAUGGAUGAUAAACCAAUGGAACCUCAUUUUGACUUGACGGUUGAUGAAAAUGAAUUAAAUGUCGGAGCAAGAGAGAUUGUAAAAAGACUUAGACCUAAUUGGCCUCACAAUCAACUUCAGUUCAAGUUAUUUACUAAUGGGAUAACAAACAAGCUGAUCGGCGUGUGGUAUCCAGGACAUUAUAAUGAAAUGGUUUUAGUCAGAGUCUACGGGAACAAGACAGAAUUACUCAUUGAUCGUAAGGCUGAAACUAGAAAUAUUAGGAUAAUGUACAAGGCUGGAUAUACUCAUGCUCUUUAUGCAACAUUCAACAAUGGAUUGGCCUAUCAAUUUAUCGAAGGGGAGAUCCUCACUGUAGAAACUGUCAGGCAGAGUAAAGUGUAUCAACUAGUAGCGAAGAGGAUGGCACAGAUGCAUCUUCUGAAUCCAGAAGACUCUGAAAUUGAAAGGUAUCCUAUGAUAUGGAGUAAAACAGAAAAAUUCAUGCAUAUCAUGCCAAAGGAAUUUCCAGAUCCGGAAAAACAAGCAAGGUUUCAGAAAUUAAUAAAACCAUAUAAAGAACUGGAGCAAGAAUACUUACUUCUGAAAGAGAAACUUCAAGCAUUGGAUAAUCCAGUAGUCUAUGCUCACAAUGAUCUUCUUCUGGGCAAUAUUCUAUAUAAUGAAACAGAGAAUACAGUUACUUUUAUAGAUUAUGAGUAUGCUGCUUACAACUAUAAAGCUUAUGACAUAGCGAAUCAUUUUAUUGAAUUUGCUGGUAUAGAGAAUCCGGAUUUCUCAUUAUAUCCGGAAGAGACUCUACAAAGAGUCUGGAUCAGAAUAUAUAUCCAAACAUACAACAAGAGCAGUAACGUGUCGGAGGAUGAUGUUACAAAAUUGUAUAUAAGUGUCAAUAAAUUCGCACUUUUAUCCCACUUCUUCUGGGGUUGUUGGUCUCUUAUACAGAGUCAACAUUCUAACAUAGAGUUUGAUUUCCUAGAAUACGCAGCGAUGAGAUUUAAUGAGUAUUUCAAAUGGAAGCAUAAAUAUCUCAAUAUGUAAGUUGCGUAAGGAUAAUCAAAAGUUAUGAAAAUAUCAUGUAUAAUUAAUAUAUCCGCAAAACGACGCUUUCCGAAUAACAUUCCCAUUAUAUCCACGUGGAAAAUACACGUGAAGAUAUUACAUUCCAUAUUGUUAUUGUAUUACUAAAGUGUAUAUUAGCAUGCAUGAUAUUAAAAAAAAACACGUUGAAUUUUGAACGUUGAAUAAUGGAGCAUCAUACAUAAUAACAAUAAUUCUCAAUGUUAUUUGCAUAUACAUAUAUUAUAUAAAUUUUAUCUAAUAAGUCUAAAAAUCUGUGUAGAACGUACACGCUAAUGUAAUUUUUAAAUUGAAAAUAUUUCUAUGGAUUCACUUUGACGUAGAGAGACAAUUAUAAUUACAAUCUGUAAUUCGAUGUCAGUAAAUAAUUAUUAGCCUUUCUUUGUGAAAUCACAAAGCGCAUUAGAUAAAUAAAAAGACAACUAAUUGCAGAUUAUAUGCUGUUUUUGCCGGAUACAAGAAAACAGUAUUAUUUAGAGAUCUGAUGAUUGUUAUGGUGCAGUUGAAAAAUUUAACGUAUGUUAACAUUCCUCGAGAAUCUUGCAAAGAUUCCUGUUAAGUGUAAAAAUAGUUAAAAAGAUAAUUGUUACCGUUGCAUUCAAUGCCAUCAAAUACUAUUAUUAAUAUCAUAAUACUUUAACAUAAAAUAUAGUCUUCCUGCGCAAAGUAAGAUCGAGUGCAAUAAUUAUGGUAAUCUGUAAUGCAAUGUGUAUGAAAUGAAUAUAAGAAAAUAAAAAAUAUCUUACAGCUUUAAA